AAUAUAAAGAGCAAUCUGGGUAGGCACGUCUUUCCUCCACAGCCUUGUCUGGUCCAUUCCUUAACCUCUCCGGCGUUCAAAUGUCCCUUGUAGCAUUCUAUCAGCCCUAUUAGAGUACUUAACUCUUCCUUCUUCAAAUCCCGAUCCUAUAGAUCACCGAUCUAAUUUGCUCUUUGUCUUAUAGAUAGUUUCACAGCUACGAGAACAUUCUCGCACACGUUCGGCGUAUAUAGUAGAUUUCAUCUUAUUUUGCUGGUUCGCCGACAUUCGGGGAAAUCGACCGGACAUCACGAUCCUUCCACAGAAUACCAGACUUCGACUCUACAGAAACCAAGAAAGACGGCGCAGCACACCGAUUUCCCGCACACAUAGAAUCUUUCUACAAGAUAUAAAUUGUUGAUUUGGCGCAGAGUGGAGCUAUGACCACGGCAACACGGCCCAACGGCUUUCCCAAUCUUGCAAUGCCAAACCCCUCGAGCGACAGGGCCUCGCAGCCUAUCGGAUCCGGUUACAGCCAUUCAAACUGGCAAGCCGACGACAGAAUAUGGGGAAGUCUCAUUAAUACCUCCUCAUUGAACCCAAGAGGGAAUGUAACGGGCUCAAGAGAACCAGAUGAAUACUCGCCCAGCGCAGUGCCUAAUUCUGCACACCCGAAUUCACACGCCCAGCCUGGUCCAUGGAGUUCCAGGAGUGGAAUAUGGGCCCAGGAAAGAAGUGCACAUCAGGUCUUAGCACCUUCUGGAAGCACCUCGCCAACACGUACGAGAGACGGGUUCCAGCACAACUUCCCCGAGGCCUCAAGCAGCGCUCAUCACUUUCCGCUUCGGCCACCUGGGGCUCCGAAUGGAUCGGCUUCAGCAAGAACAUUACCACCUGGCCCUGUAGACCAUACAACAUCAUCUCGGCCGUAUACAGCAAGGUUUGGAGACUCGGUUAACGACGAGAGGGGAGCCUCUAACUUAUACGCGUCAAGCACCAACAGUCAACUAGAAUAUGAAGCUUAUCGGCGCAACUCAAAUGACCCAUCGUUUCGCAACCUUGGGCAUAGCCGAACCCUCAGCUCAAGGCAGCCCGAGCCCGAUGUCCAGAAUUCAAGUCGUUACAGUGAUAGCUCUCACUUUUUUUCAGUGCCACCUGGCCACACUCAAGCACAACCGCAGCGACCCUCUGCUUCUGGGGCUUCGGUCACGUUACCAUCAGAACAAGCCCGACCUAACCAUUAUGCUUAUGCAGCAGAGGAUUCCGAGCUCGAGCACGACAUCGAAGAGAGGUUUGAACAAAUCACACUGGAGAAUAGCUCUAGCGCCAUCAACGGCACGCUUCUGUCUGACGGACACUAUGACCCCGCUAGCCAAACGUUCCAGCUGAACCCAGGAUCUCAAACCUGGCCGCACGACUUGGGGAAUAAUUCGAGGAUAUAUGGCCAGAAUGUGCAGGAGCCUUGGACGGACUCAAUGGCUCCUACUUAUACCUCCAGAAGAGCUCUAGGCGAAAGAGGAUCAUCUGCUGGAAGUUCAUAUCGCCCCAACGUCAAUGGUGCAAGGGGUCUAUCAGGAACGCCAAACCCAAGAGCCGAUGCAUGGAAUAGACCGAGUUCGCGGGACCCGAGAGUACUUCCAGAACUCGAGCGGGCGUCGCAGGGCUCGCAGUAUCUUCAGCAGCAGUCCAGCUUCUUUCAACCACCUUACUUCGGUAAUAACCUUGCUCAGUUUACGGGUCCUUACGAUCCAUAUGUACAGAACCCAAGUUUCCGCUCCCAGGUGCAGCUUCCGGGAUAUAAUCUUGCGAUGAAUUUUUCCAGCCUUCCGGUUCCAAUUCGGCCCAGCAGGGACCAAGAUCCUGGUAAAGGUGUCCGUAGCAUGCUUCUCGAAGAAUUUCGGAGCAAUGGCAAGUCCAACAAGCGCUACGAGCUAAAGGAUAUCUAUAAUCACAUCGUCGAGUUUAGCGGGGACCAGCAUGGCUCACGGUUCAUCCAGGAGAAGCUUCAGACUGCAAACAGCGAUGAAAAGGAUCAAGUCUUUCGAGAAAUCGAACCUAAUACGCUUCAACUAAUGAAGGAUGUCUUCGGCAACUACGUGAUACAGAAGUUCUUCGAGCACGGGAACCAAGUGCAGAAGAAAAUAAUUGCGGCACAGAUGAAAGGAAAGGUUGCGGAGCUCUCGACUCAGAUGUACGCGUGCCGGGUUGUACAGAAAGCGCUUGAGCACGUGCUUGUCGAGCAGCAGCAGGAGAUCGUGGAGGAACUUAGCCAAGACAUUAUGCGGAUUGUCAAGGACCAAAACGGGAACCACGUGAUCCAGAAGAUAAUCCAGAUGCUACCGCAGCAAUGCAUUCCCUUCAUUAUGGAUGCUUUCCAAAACCAAGUUGAAUCUUUGGCAUCGCACAAUUACGGGUGCAGAGUCAUCCAGCGAAUACUUGAGAAGGGGACCGAAGCGGAGAAGAGAACUCUUCUGACAGAUCUCCAUGCUUGCGCGGGCAGGCUCAUAACGGACCAAUACGGCAAUUAUGUCACCCAACAUAUUAUCACCCAUGGAGCGCCGGAAGAUAAGCAAAAGAUAAUCCAGCUAGUGCUUCAAAAGUUGAUAUUGUAUUCAAAGCACAAGUUUGCGUCGAACGUAGUUGAGAAGUCGAUAGAGCAUGGGACGAUAGAGGAUCGCAAGGCAAUCAGGAGUCAGAUCACAGCUUUGCACAACGACGGUAGCAGCGCACUUCAGCUCAUGAUGAAAGACCAGUUUGGAAACUAUGUGAUCCAGAAACUUUUACAACACUUGGAGGGCCCGGAUCUUGAGUCGUUCAGAGAAGAAAUGAAGCCUCACUUCACCAUCUUGAAGAAGUACAGCACCGGUCGACAAAUCGCGGCUCUAGAGAGGCUGAUGUCCGCAACCGCGGCGCCGGGUGCUACUAGCCCUACUACACCGAAUCUAUCAGUCGAUGUCAAUUCAGCCGCGCCUACUCCGUUGCUCACUAUGGAGCAGAACAGCCCGGAAAGCUGUAGCCCGCCAAGCACAAAAGCGAGCUUGGAGGAGCCUCUAGGCGAGAAGAACAGCGGUGCUUCCACCCUGAAAGAGCCCUGCCAGCCAGUCGAAGUUAACGAGCCAUAAGACGCUCAUCGCAGUUUUACCACGUAUUGGCAGAGUAUGGCAUGCCUCGCCUCGGACAAGCUCGUCAAAUCGUAUUAUGGAUCACACAAGGGCUUACCAUGGCCUGCAAACGCCUUUUCACCUGUUAUUUCCCUUCAG